AUGCUGAUUGCCUACUUAAACACUCUUAAAAAUAAAAAUAUUUUCCUUUGCUCUCAGUCUAAGCCCAGAAGAAAUUUAUUAGAAUAGCUUGGACUAUAGCUCAAUAUUUAUCCUAGCUCAUUUGAAGAAGAUCUUGAUAAAUCUCUGUAUAAAGACCCAAAAGAUUAUGUUAAGGAUACAUGUUAAGGAAAAGUGAAUGAUGUCUUAAAAAAAUUUUAAUAAGAAAAUAUCAACUGGGAUAUAGCUAUUUUUUGUGAUACAAUAAUCGUGUUAAAUGAUAAAAUCAUCGAAAAACCUGAAAAUGAAUAAUAAGCAGCUGAUUUCUUAAGAACAUUUAAAAAUAAUACAUAAUAUGUACAUACAGCUUGCUUUGUUCUAUUUAAUGAUAAGCAAAAUAAUAAAGUGAUAGAAAGGCAUGUUAUUGAUACUUGUAAAGUAAUUUUUGGAGAUAUUCCUGAAGAAUGCAUCAUAGCUUAUUCUAAAACAGAUCAUUUUAAAGGAAAAUGUGGAGGUUAUGGCAUUUAAGAUGUAGGUGCUUCAUUUAUUGAAAAAAUUGAAGGAUAGCACUCGACUGUUAUAGGUUUACCAGUAUAUAGUUUAUGUAAAAUCUUAGUUGAUAACAUCAAAGAAUUAAAUUGGUAGUGA